AUGGCUUUCCCUCCAUUACUAGUAGGCAAGGUUGCCGCCAUCACAGGCGGUCUCACAGGAAUCGGCAGGGCGAUUGCCCUCGACUACAUCCGCCACGGCGCAAAGGUCUCAAUCAGUCAUCUAGGUGGCGAGAAGGAAGCGCCCUUGCUUGAAGCACUGAGAAAUGACGUGAAGGAGAUCGAGGUUGAAGCAAUUACCCGCUUCAUCACUGUAUCAGGCGAUAUCUCCCAACCAGAGACAGGCCGCGAAUUUGUCGCAAAGACCGUUGAAGCUUUUGGCCGACUAGACGUGUUCGUCAGCAAUGCAGGCGUCUGUCAGUUUGCUGAAUUCUUAGAACUCGAACCCUCCCUCCUGAACCACACUGUCUCUACCAAUCUCUCAGGCGCAUUUUUCGCAACUCAGGCCGCCGCACGCCAAAUGGCCCAGGCUCAAUCGCCACCUGGAGGCUCCAUCAUUGGCGUCAGCUCCAUCUCUGCCCUGGUGGGUGGCGCACAGCAAACUCACUACACGCCCACGAAGGCAGGUGUCCUAAGUCUGAUGCAGUCGUGUGCAUGUGCUCUUGGAAAGUACAACAUUCGCUGCAAUGCGUUGCUACCUGGCACUAUUCGUACGCAGCUGAACGAAGAGGAUAUGAAAGAUCCCGUGAAGAGAGAAUAUAUGGAAGGCCGAAUUCCGCUUGGUCGCCUUGGCCAGCCUAAGGAUUUGGCUGGUCCGGCUGUGUUCUUGGCUUGUGAGGAACUCAGUUCGUAUGUAACUGGGGCCCAGCUUCUAGUUGAUGGAGGCCUCUUUGUCAAUCUGCAGUGA